UCAUCAUGUGUAGUCUCGAGAACUUCAGUUCCAAAAGAAAGACAGAAAUUACCUUGAGAUAGGAAAAAGAGAUGGAGGUCGAGGGAGAGAUUAAGAUAAUGAAGAACAAUUUGGUGGUUGAGAUACCAAAGUUCAAAAGGGUGUGUGUCUUUUGUGGGAGCAGCCCCGGGAAAAGGGUUUGCUACCGGGAUGCUGCUGUGGAGCUCGGCAAAGAACUAGUGAAUAGAAAGAUGGACUUAGUUUAUGGAGGUGGGAGCAUUGGGCUCAUGGGUUUGAUCUCUGAAGCUGUUCAUAAUGGUGGUGGCCAUGUUAUUGGGAUCAUACCAAGGACUCUAAUGGCAAAAGAGAUUACCGGGGAGACUGUUGGUGAGGUAAGAGCAGUGUCCAGCAUGCAUCAAAGGAAGGCUGAAAUGGCUCGCCACUCUGAUGCCUUCAUUGCUUUACCUGGUGGGUAUGGGACCUUGGAAGAGCUACUAGAAGUAAUAACAUGGGCUCAGCUAGGAAUUCACAGCAAGCCAGUUGGGCUGCUGAAUGUUGAUGGAUACUACAACUCGCUUCUGGCGUUCAUCGACAAGGCUGUAGAUGAUGGUUUCAUUAAGCCUUUUCAGCGACACAUUAUUGUGUCAGCUCCUAACGCCAAGGAUCUUGUUCAAAAACUGGAGGAGUACGUGCCUGUGCAAGAUGCAGGAGUGGCCAAGCUGAUGUGGGAGAAGGAGCACGUUGGUUUUAAUUCCGCGCUGCAUACCGAAAUUGCUAGGUAGUAAAAAAAGUAAAAAAGAAAAAGGAAAACGACUGGGGAAAAAAAAUGCAGCAGCUUAAGCCAAUUGUAUGACAGUUUGCUGCUGCGCUCAUUUUGGCUUCUCUCUGUACUAAUGUGGGCUUUGUAUGCAAGCCUUGUCAUCUUUUGUUGCUAAGUUUUAUGUAUG